AUGGCGGCGCCGCCGGCCCGCUCUCGGGCUUAGCGCACACCGCGAGCGGCGUGUUCCACUCCAGUCAUGGCGGCCCCCAGGCAGCCAGUGGGCAGCGGGGCUCUGGAGAGCUGCGGUCUGGACCUGAUUUUGGAGGCGCUGAAGCUGCUGCUGAGCCCGGGAGGAUCAGGCUCGAGUUCACUCCAGAUCACAAAGCGUGAUGUCUUGUUGGUCACUUUGAGGUCCAACCUGUCCGCUUUGGAGGAUAAGAUCCUGGAGGAUCCUCAGUGGAAGAGACUGGCACUCCUGAGAGAAGAGACUGCUAAUGAGGCCGAGUGGCCACAGACCUCCGAGGAUGUCACCUGGAGCUUCACCGCCCAAGCCUUGUUGUUGCUGUUGUGCUUGAAGAAAACCAUGAUCCGCCUCGCAGCUGAUUUCAACCCCGAAAGACCCAACCCGAAGACUCCGGAAAGCGCCCCUGCCCUGAGCCCCGACACGCUCAGCGUCUCCCAGCAGAAGACGGUCCAAUCCGCUUUGCAGUUUGUGGUCACCCUGGGCGUCUGCCCCUAUCUCCUGCCUGGCGUCGGAGUCCCCUUGAGACGCAGGACCGAGUUCGGGGCUGUUGUGCAGGACGUGGUGUGUCCCGAGGCUGCCCCGCCGGCGCCCCGGAGACUGUAUGCCAGCUGCAGGGGCCUCCUGGACGCCGCUCAGCACGCGUCUCUGGCCAGCUUGAUCUUCUGCCGCCAUUUUGGGGACAUUGCAGCAGGCCUGUGCCAGCUGGGCUUCUGCCCAACCAAAAGAAAACCGCUGACACCUGCGGAAGAGGUUUUAACAGAAGAGGAAAGAACCCUUUCCAGGGAGGCCUUGAGAGACAUCUUGGACCAAGUGUAUCAGCCGUUAGCAGUCCGGGAAUUACUCAUUCUCCAGGGAGGAUCCCCCCAGUCCUGCACAGAUGGGAAGACACAGCCUGGAGCUCGGGCCCCAGCGUGGCUGCGGCGUCUCUGCGGGCAGCUGCUCUCCGAAAGACUGAUGCGGCCCCGUGGCGUGCAGGCGGUGGUGCGGGGCAUGUUGGAAGGAGCAGGAGCCGGGGCAGCUGGCGGGAGUGAUGCUGAGGCGACGGCCGCCGACUGGAAGAAGUGUGACCUGAUGGCAAAGAUUCUGGCCUCUUGUCCCCAGCAGUGCCUCUCACCAGAGGCUUACUACAGGGAUAUCUGCCCUCAGAUUCUGGAUUUAUUUCACUUUCAAGAUAAGUUGACAGCACGACAAUUUCAGAGAGUCGCCACCACCACCUUCGUAACCAUGUCGAGAGAAUGCCCGCAACUGGCAGCAAAAUACCUGCUCCAGCCAAUGCUAGCACCUCUUCACCGAUGUGUGAACACAGCAGGGAUUCUGGAGAGUGAUGUGACACCAGGGGCCGUUUUGGUAACUGAAGAAGAACUUAGUAGAUGUGUUGAAGAUGUGUUUAAGGUGUACGUGGUCAGGAAUGAACCUCUGACCGUGCUGCUGGAUGCCCUGCUUCCGGUCCUGGGAGUGCUCUUUUCUCUCUACUGUUUUACAAAGCAGAGUGUGUCUCACAUAAGGUCACUUUGCCAAGAGAUCUUAUUAUGGAUUCUGGGGAAGCUGGAGAGGAAGAAGGCGGUUGCCAGUCUGAAAGGCUUGGCAGGCCUGGACAGCGCUGCACCCUCGCUCCACUCUCUGUGUCGGUUCAGAGCUGCCGCGCAAGGUGGCAUUGAGAUUACCGUCAAGGAGCCCCCUAGUGAGGAAGAUGAUGAUGAAGCCCUGUUCCAGAAGGUGUCCUCCGAGCAGAGCCAGGUGGAGCAUCUCGGGGACCUGCUGUCCCACUGCCAGGAGAGUGGAUUGGCGGGAGACUUCUUCAUCUUCUGUCUGAAGGAGCUGACCCACGUGGCAGUGGAAAGUGAAGCAGAGUUCAAAGCCAGGACCUUCUGCGGCCAGAGCCUCUUGGAAUUAGAGCGACACCGGACUCUCCUUGUGGAAGGCCAGGAGCGGAGGCUGCUGGUCCUGCAGCUGGUGGCUGUUCUGUGCGAGAGGAUGUCCGAACAGAUAUUCACCAACAUCACGCAGGUGGUGGACUUCGUCGCCACAACACUGCAGAGAGCCUGUGCCAGCUUGGCCCAUGAAGCAGAGAGCACUGUGGAGUCGCAGACGCUGAGUAUGUCCAUGGGGCUGGUGGCUGUCAUCCUAGGAGGAGCUGUUCAGCUGAAGUCCAGCGACUUUGCUGUCCUGAAGCAGUUGCUGCCUCUGCUGGACAAGGUCUCCAGCACAUACCCUGACCCCGCCAUCCAGGAGCUCGCCGUGGAUCUCCGCAUCACCAUCUCUACCCAUGGAGCCUUUGCCACGGAGGCUGUCAGUGUGGCUGCCCAGAGCACCCUGAGCAAGAAAGAUCCAGAAAGGAAACCGGAAGGGCAGCGACACACGAAUGCUGAUGGAGCGCAGAGCCACCUCGAGCAGCAGCAAAACCGGGAGAAAGCACCCCACGCAGGCCAGCAGGCCCAGGCUGCAUCUGUGCCUAAGGGGAGCCCUGAGCCCAGCACUGUCACAGCCCAGAAGCCUGGAAGUGUAACCACAGAACAGCUCCAAGAGCUGCUUCUGUCAGCUUAUGACCCUCAGGUUCCGACGCGGGCCGCAGCCCUGCGCACUCUGUCCCGCUGGGUAGAGGAGAGGGAAGCCAAGGCCCUGGAGAUGCAGGAGAAGCUUCUCAAGAUAUUCUUGGAGAACUUGGAGCAUGAAGACACGUUCGUCUAUCUGUCUGCAAUUCAGGGCGUUGCCCUGCUCUCAGAUGUGUACCCGGAGAAGAUCUUGGUUGACCUGCUGGCUCAGUAUGACAGUGGCCAGGACAAGCACACACCGGAGACCAGGAUGAAAGUCGGGGAGGUGCUGAUGCGAGUCGUGCGGGCACUAGGGGACAUGGUUGCUAAGUACCGAGAACCUUUGAUCCACACCUUCCUGAGGGGGGCGAGAGACCCGGACAGCGCACACAGGGCCAGCAGCCUCUCCAACCUGGGAGAACUGUGCCAGCGGCUGGACUUCCUGCUGGGCCCCGUGGUCCAUGAGGUGACAGCUUGCCUGACUGCUGUGGCUAAAACGGAUCGUGAAGUUCAAGUGCGCAGAGCUGCCAUCCACGUAAUUGUGCUGCUGCUUCGGGGACUCAGCCAGAAAGCCACUGAGGUGCUGAGGGACGUCCUCAAGGACCUCUACCAGCUGCUGAAGCACGUGGUGCGCGUGGAGGCGGAUGACGUGGCCAGGCUGCACGCCCAGCUGGCCCUGGAGGAGCUAGACGAGAUCAUGAGGAACUUCCUGUUCCCCCCACAGAAGCUGGAGAAGAAGAUCGUGGUCCUGCCCUAGGUGCAGCUCAGGGGACAUGGGGGAGGCAAGGCCCCCUCCCAGCGCGCGCAUCUUCCAGCAGGUGGUCCCGCUGUGGCUUCGGCACUGGUGGUGUGCCUGACGCUGGAGGUGGCUUUGUGAUGCUGGUCACGUGGGUCUCCAAGCUGACCUCAUGGUAGCGUUCAGAGAGAGAGGGCCUCUGGUGGGAGCUGGUGGGCGUGUGCGCUGACCUGACUGGCGGCGUUUGAUGAGUGGACUCUCCCUCCGUGGCCACCCACACAGCCUGCACGCCGCACUGCUCUGUGCCGAGAUUGUCCUUCCUGUGCUGUGGGCACUGGCGGAGCCAGGCAUCCCAGGCUGGGGAGAGCAGACGGAGGUGGGGAGGAGAGGGGAACGCUCACCAGAACAUGCAAAACGGAAUAAAGGGAUCCUGGCUGGAAAGAACUCGAGCUCUGAAUCUGGUCUUCU